GUUCACCAGACAAGCAUAAGGAAGGAAGGAAGGAAGGAGAGGAAGGAAGAAAGGGAGGAAGGAAGGAGGAGGGAAGAAAGUAAGAAAAGGAGGCAAGGAGGAAGCUUUGCAGUCGCACCAGAGGCGGUCCUUACUACGUGCAGCAAGUGCUCGCCACGCUCAGAAUUUUUUUCAGGACGUGGUGAAGACGGGUUGGGAAAGCGUAAUCGCUCCACUACUACGCUGCUACCAAGUCUUUGCUGAGCACCUAUCCGGUCGUUACUACGUUAUCACUGGGGCCUACGAGUUCCUACUACUUGCAUAUCACGCGGGUGAUCAGGUGCCCACCACGCUCUGUCGGUACUCACCACGCUCCCACACCGUCCAAUUAGUGCGCAGUACGCUGGCGUCAUGUCAGUAUGACGCGGCCCCCACGUGCUGUUGGUCCUAUAAAUACGGCGCGCCGCCAGUUCAAGUUCUCGUCAUCCUCACGUCACGUCAUGCCGCUCAAAUCCAAGUGCCGGGGAAGAGUAUGUAGGAAAGACAGCAGACGUAGCCAGUCUUCCCAGCCAGCCACACAAGCUUCAGAAGCCUCAGACAUCGAGACUGAAGAACCAGAUGAAGGCUCUCAAGCUUCCCAGGAAAUCGAGGAGUCAGAUGUUCCACCCAGUGUCAGUGAGUCAGAUGAUGGUGUCAGCGUUGCCAGCCAUAGCCAGGGCCUGAGCCAGAAGUCAAAGAAAGUCAAAGUCCAAACCGACCUGAGUCCUGAGCAGGAGCAAAUAAUGGUCGAGUGGCUGGAGGAUCACCCUAUCUUGUACAACAAAAAACUAAGCUCAUACAAGGAUACAGCAAAGAAGGAAAGGCUGUGGCUGGAGAAGGCAGCCGAGCUGGGCAAACCUGUGCUUGUCCUGAAGACCUGGUAUACAAGCCUUAGGAGCAGAUAUGGGAGGCUGAAGAAGUCCGGCGACCCUGACCCUGAGCUGACAGAACGGGAGGAAUGGAUCCUCAGGGUCUUCGAGUUCCUGCGGCCCCACAUCUACGACGUCCAGAAGAGGACAACAUUGAAGAUAGCUGCCACUGACACUGCCGCUCCUGAGGACCAAGAUGAAGACAUGCCAGGCCCCAGUCCGUCAGGCUCCGCCACCCGGGUCGUCCCUUCUCCAACAUCGUCAGAGUUUUCACUCGUCACCCCCCGGCCCAGAGCCCAGAGACAGGCUGAGGCGGAGGAAGCUGUGCUGGAGAGCAUCCAGAAGCGUGAGAAGCAGCUGAUUGCCCUCCAGCAGCAGAUGAUGCAGCAUCUGAAGCCAACCGGAGAUAGGGAGAGGGAGGCCUUCGUGGAGUGGAUCCGGACUGUCAUCCUGGACCUGGACUACAGCCUGUGGCGGCGCUUCCAGCAUCAGAUCAGCAAUCUCACAUACCAGUUCAUAACUGAGAAUGACAAAAUGAAGACUCCGGAGCCUACAGCAGCAUCAUCAUCCUAGGGCCCCCAGCCAUAUCAGCCUGUGGUAGUGACCAAACUGGAGCCUGCUUUCUAGAUUCAACCAGUCUCUGACCCAGCAUGUUCUGUCUUGUCUCCUUCCCCGUCUUCUUCUCCUGGCCAGCACAACAGCAGCAGCAGCAGCAUCCAGCACAGCCAGUUGUCCUUGGAGCAGGACCAUCUGGUACAGGACUUGUUGACGGUUCAUGGUCGGGAACCGAACUGAAAGAAAGUUCCCACUCUUAUACCUUUUUCGGCGGACGUGGAGAGGACCUAUUAAUGAUUCAGUACUGACGAAGUGCUAACCUGGGGGUAACCUGGUUCCUACGAAGUACUGACCGACACAGCGUAGCAAGGGCGUGAAUGCGUCGAGUACUGACCCAGCAUUGUCUUGACGCAGUGUUAACUGCAUGGACGUGGAAUGCACGGGAUGGUUGCGUAGCGGCAACUCCUUUGAGCACGUAGUAGCUCUUCCCCGUCCCCACCAAGUCACCACCCAGUCAACCAAGACCUCGCUGUGUCACUAAUGCCAGGAUCACACAUCUGCGAUUUCGCUCUGCGACGGUUGGCGAUUUUGAAAAUACACGAAAUCGUGGGAGCAUCGCCAUUGUCUCUGCGAGUUUGCCUCUGUUUCAACUCGCAGCGACAUGGCGAGGGAGGGCCACUCGUCUAUACGCACACGAGGGCGACAGGCGAGGGGACGUCGAGGUGAAUCGUGCGUGAAUGCGCGCGACUGUACGCAGAGGAGCCCAAUUUUGAAAAUAAAACCCGUUACGACGGUUCGAGAUGAACGCAGGGCCUGGCGACUAUGCGCGACCGACCCUCGUGAUGGUCGGCCCAGCCCGUUCUGGCUCAGGCGAGUGUUUAUAGUGGCGCCAUCUCGUAUUGGCUCAUGCUGCCCUCCCGGAGCUCAUUUUUAAACCUAGAAUCUAGAGUCCGGGUUGAUAGGUGGUCUUCUGGACAGCAUGUGGUUAGUUUUAAGCCACUCGGCGGCGGCUGAAAAAUCCCAGCUUGGUGGCACCGGUCGGGGAUUGAACUCGCGUCCUCCUGUACGACCCAUAAUAGGCGGGCAACACUAUCGCGCUCUCUCUACCAUCCA